AUGCCACCUAGACGAGGCACUAGAGGCACCUGUGGUGCUCGAGCAACUCGAGCGACCCGAGCAUUUCCCGCUCCACCGAUCAAGGAUCUUAUUCCUGAGCCUCCAGUUACUCCAAUUCCCCCACCCGAGCCUGCUGUACCUAUGCCAAAGGCUCCCACAGUUCUCGUGCCUCUGCCUAAGGCCACUGCAGCCCCUACAUUUCCUACCAUUCCAGUCGGAGCCGAGCAGUUACAGCAUAUAGGACCCACGAUCAGGGAGGAGACUGGAAGAAGAAGGCGCCCUCUGGUAACUCCCGUCAGCAGCAGCACCAUCGGCGUACCAAUCGCCCAGGCUUUCGAGCACCAGCAGUGCAUUCAACCUCAUCUUCAGGGCCAUUCAUCGGAGUUUGUUUUGGUUACACAGCAGCAACUGAGGGUACCGCAGCAACCCCCGCAUCAGCCUCUACAGCAGCGACAGCAGCACCAGCCCCCGAGGCCUCCUCCGCAGCAGCAGAGGCAGCAAGUUAGGCCGCCGCAGUGGCAACAGCAACAACAGAGAUCGCAGAGGGGACAGGCACCUCCCCUGCCGCCCGCUUGGGUUGCUCGGGUCGCUCGAGUGCCUCACCUAGGCAGCAUGAUCUACAAAAAAGAACAAAGGCGCCUAUCACCCUUGAGAACCCUUGCAGGCUCAGGCAUUAGGGAACUAAACUAG